CGCAGCUGCGUCACGUGACACCCCGCCCGGCCCUGGUCACAUGGGUGGCGCAGCCACUGCGUCAGUCAUAGUCCAGACUGCGGGAGUCCUGUCGCCGCCGCCGCCAGCGGACGGGGCGGGGAUCCCUGUGCCAGGUCUUCGCCAACUCGCCCCCGCCUGCUCCGUCAGCCAUCCUGGCCUUGGCCUGACAAUCAUGGAGCGGGUCGAGACCGCCGCCUGUUCUGCGUGAGGUGCGUCGCCGCCGCCGCUUUCGCCUCCCGAGGCCUCCUCAUCCCCGCCGCCGCCCGGAGCCCCUCGCCCUUGGCAGCUCGUCGCCGCCCACCAGGAGGGCUCGAAUGCGCGUCGGGUGAAGGUGCAGGCCCAGCGCCGCCGCUGCCGCAACCGGGAGAUGGUUCGGGCCUAGCGGAGCCGGGACUGGAGAAACAAAGAAUGGAAAACUUGCAAGGAGGCUGAGCAGAUGCCGAUCAAGGUGAAAGGAAAGAAAGCAAAUAGAAAUAAAUCAAGAGAUUUAGAGAGAAUAUGACAGAUCUGAACAACUGCAAUGAGGGAACCUAGAGCAACAGCAAAGCUGAGGUCAAACUGCCAUAAGGAUGGACACCAAGGAAGCUGUGUUUGAGACAAAAAGAAAUCAAGAUAAGCAACAUGAACCGUGAAGACCGGAAUGUGCUGCGUAUGAAAGAACGGGAAAGGCGGAAUCAGGAAAUUCAGCAGGGCGAAGACGCCUUCCCACCCAGCUCUCCUCUCUUUGCUGAGCCAUACAAAGUUACUAGCAAAGAAGACAAGUUAUCAAGUCGUAUUCAGAGUAUGCUUGGAAACUACGAUGAAAUGAAGGAUUUCAUAGGAGACAGAUCGAUACCAAAGCUUGUUGCGAUUCCCAAGCCUACAGUACCACCAACAGUGGAUGAAAAAUCUAAUCCAAAUUUCUUUGAACAGAGACAUGGGAGCUCUCAUCAGAGUAGCAAAUGGACUCCAGUAGGACCUGCACCCAGCACUUCUCAGUCUCAAAAACGGUCCUCAGGCUUACAGAGUGGACAUAGUAGCCAGCGGACCAGUGCAAGUGGCAGUAGUGGCACUAACAGUAGUGGCCAGAGGCAUGACCGUGACUCAUAUAGCAGUAGUGGGAGUAGUAGCCGGAAAAAAGGCCAACAUGGAUCAGAACACUCCAAAUCACGCUCUUCCAGUCCCGGAAAACCUCAGGCUGUUUCUUCAUUAAGCUCCAGUCAUUCCAGAUCUCAUGGGAAUGAUCACCAUAGCAAGGAACAUCAGCGUUCCAAAUCACCUCGGGAUCCUGAUGCAAACUGGGAUUCUCCUUCUCGUGUACCUUUUUCAAGUGGACAGCACUCAAAUCAGUCUUUCCCACCUUCGUUGAUGUCAAAGUCCAGUUCAAUGUUACAGAAACCCACUGCUUAUGUGCGGCCCAUGGAUGGACAGGAGUCCAUGGAACCAAAGCUAUCCUCUGAGCACUACAGCAGCCAGUCCCAUAGCAACAGCAUGACUGAGCUGAAGCCCAGCAGCAAAGCACAUCUCACCAAGCUGAAAAUACCUUCUCAACCCCUGGAUGCAUCUGCUUCUGGUGAUGUGAGCUGUGUGGAUGAAAUUCUAAAAGAGAUGACGCAUUCAUGGCCUCCCCCUCUAACGGCUAUUCAUACACCAUGCAAAACAGAACCUUCCAAAUUUCCUUUUCCAACCAAGGAGUCUCAGCAAUCCAAUUUUGGCCCUGGAGAGCAAAAAAGAUAUAAUCCUUCUUCUAAAACUUCAAAUGGGCACCAGUCUAAAUCUAUGUUAAAAGAUGAUUUAAAACUAAGCAGCAGUGAAGACAGCGAUGCGGAACAGGAUUGUGAUAAGACAGUGCCAAGGAGUACACCAGGAAGUAAUUCUGAACCUUCACACCAUAAUAGUGAAGGAGCAGAUAACUCUAGGGAUGAUUCUAGCAGCCACAGUGGAUCUGAAAGCAGCUCUGGAUCUGACUCAGAGAGCGAAAGUAGUUCCAGUGACAGUGAGGCAAAUGAGCCUUCCCAGAGUGCAUCUCCUGAGCCUGAACCACCACCAACAAACAAAUGGCAACUUGAUAAUUGGUUGAAUAAAGUGAACCCACAUAAAGUAUCACCAGCUUCUUCAGUGGACAGUAACAUCCCAUCUUCUCAAGGCUAUAAAAAGGAAGGCCGGGAACAGGGCACUGGGAAUAGCUAUUCUGAUCCAGGUGGACCUAAAGAAACAAGUUCCGCUACUCCUGGACGAGACUCCAAAACCAUCCAAAAGGGAUCAGAAAGUGGGCGAGGGAGGCAGAAGUCUCCUGCACAGAGUGACAACACAGCACAGAGGAGAACUGUAGGCAAAAAACAACCCAAAAAAGCUGAGAAGGCAGCUGCUGAAGAGCCCCGGGGAGGCCUGAAGAUAGAAAGUGAAACUCCAGUAGACAUGGCUACCAGCAUGCCCUCCAGCAGACACAAAGCAGCCACCAAAGGUUCAAGGAAACCCAAUAUAAAGAAGGAGUCCAAAUCUUCCCCUCGGCCUGCAGCAGAGAAAAAGAAAUACAAGUCAACAAGUAAAUCUUCCCAGAAGUCAAGGGAAAUCAUAGAAACAGAUACCUCAUCUUCAGAUUCGGAUGAAAGCGAGAGCCUUCCUCCUUCCUCACAAACUCCUAAGUACCCUGAGAGCAAUAGGACUCCUGUUAAGCCCUCCUCAGUGGAGGAAGAAGACAGUUUUUUUCGGCAACGAAUGUUCUCUCCUAUGGAAGAGAAGGAACUUCUUUCACCCCUCAGUGAGCCUGAUGACAGGUAUCCACUUAUUGUGAAGAUUGACCUGAAUCUCUUGACUAGAAUACCAGGAAAGCCUUACAAAGAAACAGAGCCACCCAAGGGAGAAAAGAAGAAUGUGACAGAAAAACACACGAGAGAGGCUCAGAAACAAGCCUCCGAAAAAGUUUCCAACAAAGGCAAGAGGAAACAUAAGAGUGAAGAUGACAACCGAGUCAAUGAGAGCAAGAAACCCAAAACAGAGGAUAAGAAUUCGGCAGGCCACAAGCCAUCCAGCAACAGAGAGUCAUCUAAGCAGACCUCUGUAAAAGAAAAGGAUUUGUUGCCUUCUCCUGCUGGGCCUGCUCCUUCAAAAGAUCCAAAAACAGAGCAUGGCUCGAGGAAGCGAACUAUUAGUCAGUCUUCUUCCUUAAAGUCAAACAGUAACAGCAACAAGGAGAAUGGUGGCAGCAGCAAAAACAGUUCUUCCACAUCAAAGCAGAAGAAGACUGAAGGGAAGACUUCCAGUAGCUCCAAGGAGGUCAAGGAAAAGGCUCCAAAUAGCUCGUCUAACUGUCCUCCAUCUACACCAACUCCUGAUGCUUCUAAGCCUCGGAGAACAAAGCUUGCCUUUGACGACAGAAAUUAUUCAGCGGACCAUUAUUUACAAGAAGCAAAAAAGCUAAAGCACAAUGCAGAUGCAUUGUCUGAUAGGUUUGAGAAAGCGGUAUACUAUCUUGAUGCUGUUGUAUCUUUUAUUGAAUGUGGGAAUGCAUUAGAGAAGAAUGCUCAGGAAUCCAAGUCCCCAUUCCCUAUGUAUUCAGAGACAGUGGAGCUCAUAAAAUACACUAUGAAGCUUAAGAAUUACUUGGCUCCAGAUGCUACAGCUGCAGAUAAAAGACUCACAGUACUUUGCCUACGAUGCCAGUCUUUGUUGUACCUGAGGCUCUUCAAACUGAAGAAGGAGAAUGCUCUGAAGUACUCAAAGACACUGACAGAACACCUGAAGAAUUCUUAUAAUAAUUCUCAAGUUCCAUCACCUGGCUUGGGAAGCAAAGCUGUUGGGAUGCCUUCUCCUGUUUCUCCAAAGUUGUCGCCUGGCAAUUCGGGAAAUUAUUCUUCUGGGGCCAGUAGUGCUUCAGCAAGUGGUUCUUCAGUGACCAUUCCACAGAGGAUCCACCACAUGGCAGCCAGCUAUGUUCAGGUUACAUCUAACUUCCUCUAUGCUACUGAAAUUUGGGACCAAGCUGAACAGCUUUCCAAAGAACAAAAAGAAUUCUUUGCUGAACUGGAUAAAGUAAUGGGCCCUCUCAUCUUUAAUGCAAGCAUCAUGACGGACUUAGUUCGUUACACCCGGCAGGGAUUGCACUGGCUUCGCCAGGAUUCCAAGUUGAUAUCUUGAACUGAACACAUUCUCGUUGCCUCUGAUUUUCUCCACAACACUGUGUCACAUCAUGAAGGAAAACUGCCAUAACACACCACCUAGUCGACACUAAGAAUGAGGAAUGGUUUUCUCCUCCCUGGUUCAUGUGUUGUUGUUUUUAAAUAACCCAAAGCCAUCAUGUCUGUUGACCCUUUCAAUAUUCCCAAUAUGGAAAAAUUAUUUAAAUAUUUUUAAAUCUGUAGCACAUUGAUAAGAUGGUUUCACUGAUCCAUAAUAAGAUUGAAUUUCCAAUUGCAAUUCAUAACUAAUCAAUUGAAAUUCUAUUUAUUUUAAUUUUUUUAAGUUACCAGAUUGGGGCUAGUAUAAAAAACUUAGUUAUUUCUACCUAUAAACUUAAUCUGUUGAAUAUUUAGCAUAAAUUUAAUAUAGAUGUUUUUAUUUAUAUACUUUUCAAGCUUUGUUACUUAAUGUCGUUUUGUGGUAGCUCUUAUAAAAGAGUAACAGUUGGUUCAUCUAAAAUAUGGACAUGUUCUUUACACACCUACUACCCAAUAUUAUUUCAAAUCUUAACUACAAUUUUAUUAUUUCAGAAUGUCUACUUAAUAUUAAGGAUAUUCUUUUACACAUGAAAAAUCACUUAAAUAUGAGAAGAUGGACUUCUUCGUGAAUGAGAGAUGAAAUGUGUCUGAUUCAGUAUGCAUUAUUUCAAGAACUGUGAAUGUGUUAACACUAUAGCAAUCACAAGGUGACUUUAACUUGCAUUUAAUGCAUUAUAAAAGAGGGCAGGCAAACUUUCUAGGAGAAAUACAUCAGGCAAAGCAUUCAUAAAAGGACAAUCUUGGACUUAACCAAUUUUAUUAAAACUAUAUGUUCUUUUUUGUUGCUAGUCAUUUGACACUUACCUGAAACAGAAUGCUUCAAAUUGUUGUUGAAAAAAGGGUGAUCCAGUUCCUGAGGGUUGCUGCCUAUAUCUCUUUAAUUGAUGAUGUUUCGAGGUUAAAAUCUUUCUUCAGAAUUGUUAUUUUAAUUUUUCCCCAUACUAGAUUGUGAUGCUCUCAUGUGAGCAUGCAGUGACUAAUGAGCUAGAGCUAUGGUGUGUGUGCUUUUGCUUUUCAACUUAUAGUUCUAAUGCCUGAUGAAGAGAUGAUGAAUUUCUCUUUUUAAACCUAUCUUGUUAUUUACUCCCUUAUUAUUAUGAAGCACCCCUCCCGCCCCCCCACAAAUGGUGGAUGUUUCUGAGGGAAGCAGAAAAUUUACACUAGAAAAGUACCUAACUUGGUUCAAUGUGAGCUCUCUUGGAAAGGGGAUGGGAGCAAGGUUCAAGUUUAAGAAGUCAGCUCUGUAAGAGUUGUAUAUCAAAGUACUUUCCCCUAUAAGGUGCAUAUAGGAGUCAAAGGUGAGAAAUGUACCCUUUAUACUUUGUUUUUAGUGCCCCUAUCAUGUCUGGUGUGCCUUAAAUCUUAACUUUAGAUGAAGACUCUGUGGAUUGUUUACAGAUGAAGUUUUACACUAGGACCAGGUCGUCCACACAUGAUUGGUCUUCUGUAGUAAUCAUGUUAAAUUCUGUUUCCUUUUAUAUCUUCCUUUAGGGUCACAUGAAGAUUCUUUCAGUAAAGCUAAUGCUUUGGUACAUGACUUAGUCUAACCUGUUAGGUAAUGCUGCUUCAAAAAAUAAUUUGUCCUUAUCCCCAUUCCAAAAAUGAAUCCAUCCAAUCAAAAGAAAGGAUUGCCUACUAUUUAUAGAUGAUUGCCAAGGCUCUAAGGGGGAAAUGCGAAGCAAGGGAUAGAAAAUCCCCAAGUCCGAUGGUGCAGUGAAUCCUCUGUGUUUGUGUCUCUUUUACCCUUAUUUCUGAAGCUAGUGAACUUUCGUUGUCCUUUGGCUUUGUAUUUUUAGAGCUCUUUACGUUUUGUAUCUCGAGUUGUAUUUUACGUAUCAUUGAAGAUUUUAAGAUCUAUGAAUUGUGUUGAAUUUAACCUUUUUCUCUUGGAGAAAUUAUCUCUGAUACCUUUCUAAUUUAAUCUUACUGUGUGUUUUAGCAACAGUUUUCCUUAAGAGUCCGCUUUCUCAUCAGUCAUGAUAGUUACUUAGUAAGAAACCUUCCACUGUUAAUCAAGUAGAUGUAUGUCCUCUCCUUCUCUGAUUUCUCUGACCCUGCUUCCUUAGUUGGCAGUGAUGUCUUAGAAAUGGAAAAAGUGUCCUCUGGGCUUUUAACUUUCAACAACAACAGUGAGUGGGGUGCCUCUGAGUCCAGUGUGUUCUAGACUCUGUGUGUCCUGAAAAGCAGCAGGAAUGUUUCUGGGGUCCCAUUGAUAUUUUGUUCAAGCAGAGUUUCCUGCAUGUUUUAUGGUGCUGCUCUAAGAUAUUCUCUCUUUAAAACUGUGUUACUUCUUGGAGAAUGACUCUUUGAAGAUUUUCAUUGUGGAGAGUUUUCUCCACCAGGUGGUAAUGGGCAGUGGAUCAAAAUUUUAUUCUAAAUAAUUGAAUUUUCAAUGCUAUAGUCUGUGGAAAUACCACUCCCUCUCAUCUGGGUCUGUCUUCAUAAAUGUUCUGACUGGGUGAUCUGCUCCAGCACAUAUUUUAUACUCCUGUACAGGUAACCAUUCUUCCCUCCUCAAUAGGUGUCUUCAAUGUUUUCUAACUAUUGAAAGCUGAAUUUGACAAGUGGCUAAAAACUUUAGUCUGAAACUUGUACUUAUUCUAUAGUUAAUUAUAGAAAUAGCAACUAUUUAAAAAAUUACUAUGUUGAUGGCUCUUUAAAACUACACUUGUAUGCCAGGAAGCAGCAGCCUGCAGCAUCGAACUCUUCACAGGCUACCAACACACAGAUUGUGGUGGAUGAAGUUGUCACAUGGUGGUCUUGCCCAGCCUGGGCUGGGCUGCGCGGAGCCCUCCCAUCCAGGUGAUUCAAGCUUCCACAGCCCAGCCCAGCCCUGGUUCCAGCCCAGUUCUUGCCUCAGUGCUACCUUUCUCUGGGCAAGUAGCCAAGAAGUGACUUACAAGCAGUGAAUACGGAUAUGUUCAGAUACAUUUACAGCUGUAGCUGCUGAAGAGUGGAGAAGGUUAACAAGCACUGAUUUAACUCUCCAGUGUGUAAAAGCAAUCUAGAGCAGUGUGUGCACGUGUGCCUCUCGGGAGCUCUUGCACUGAUGGAUCCAUAGGCAUCUGGGCUGCACUUUGAAUGACACACUUGUGGCUUUAUUAAAUUUACUGUUGGUUUUUUAAAUUGUCAUUUGUAUCUUUUCAUUAAGGAAAGGUUUUUAUCAGAUUAGAUCAGACAGCAUCAUUUUGUAUUUAAAGACAGAAACUUGGGGAAAUUAACUUUUAAUGAAUGAGCUUGCAUUGUGAAGCAAGAGCCUAGAAAAGGCACCUGUUAUAAAUGAAAGUUCUGGCUCUGGAGGCCAGUGGAGUUGCAGAGCAGCCAAGUGGUCACUCCAAUCAGUGAUGCCUAAUUAGAUAGAGUACACAAGGGAUGCUGUGUACUCUUCUAGGUGUGAGGGUAUGCAACUUUGGAUUUUAAAAUUAUGUACACAUACACAGUUUAUAUAUAUGUAUGUAUGUAUGUAUGGAAACAUGAAAUUAGUUUGUCAAAAAUGUGUGUGUUCAGUGUUUUAGCUUAGUGCAACUAUUUCCACAUUAUUUAUUAAAUUGAUCUAAGACACUUUCUUGUUGACACCUUGAAUAUUAAUAUUCAGGGGUGCAAUGUGUAUUCCUUUAGAUUGUUGAAGUUUAAUUACUAUGAUUUGUAGUAACUUUUAAAAUAUAUUUGAGUCCUUCUGUAGUAUAAUAGGGCUCUCACAGGGUGGGAAAGAUUUUAAUUUUCCAGUUUUAAUUGAACAAAAUGGCCUCAUUAUGUGUUUUUAAUUGUAGGGGUCCCAGGAGCAUCUACUGGGGAUGACCGACAGUUUUAGGCAGGUUGUGAUGAUAUUUAAAAAAAAAAAAAAAUGAAAUAACUUGGAGAGCAAAGCAUUUCAAAUUCUUCUGGACUCCUAUAACUCAUAUUUCCUAAUUAUGUGGAACACAGAUUUCAUUUCAACUUCAUGUAUUAGUGUGUUGGAGAGGCAGAUUUUUUCCAAUAAUAAAUAAUGUUACACAUCUAAGGUUGCUAUUCGGUAAAAUGAAUAGGAGAUAUAACUAACACUAACUUUUGAAUGAAUUGGAAUAUGUGGUGAACAAAGGCCAAAUUUCCCAUGUUUGUGAGCGUAUCUUUAAUAUAUUCACUAAUGGAGAAAUUGAGUUCAAACCUCUCUGUAUCCUAGAACCCAAGUGAGCAAGUGACCAGAAGUUGUUGAUAGUUGUAGUUGGUAAAGUGGAUGCUGGUCUACCAGGCUCCUAUUCAACGAACCCCAUGGUUCAUUAAAAAGAACUUGCUGUUUCCAGGAAAGUGAAUGGAAAAUAUCUAAAUCUCUUCUUUUUCAUGGAGUUUGAUCACAGAAUCUCAAUAAAUUAGGGUUAGGCAUAAAUCAAGAUCUGUAGGUCUUUAAGCAUCCUAAAAUAGCAGCCUAAAUAAUCAUCAUGUGAUGAAGUUGACUUUUAAGAGUGUCAGCAUUGACCUCUCAUUGCUCAGCUAAGCAUAAAUUGCCAUUUUUAAAAAGAAAUAAACAACAAAGCCCUCCAAAUGAGAAUGGAAAGCUCCCACCCAGAAAUUUUAGUAAUACUCAAUUUUGAACUCUUACUGCUUCUGUGUGGGGUUUCUUUUCAGCUUUUAACCAUUGGAAUUUUCUACCUGCUGUGUUUUCUCUAGAAAAUAUCUAUUUGGAAAUGCUGCCUUUCAAAUCAAUGCCAUGAUUAUCCAUAUUGUUGAGUUUGUUGUUGCUGUUCAAGAAGUGUCCCCAUCUUACAACUUUAUGCACACACCUAGCAAAUCAUUGACAUGAGCAUUCAUCAGUACUUGGGUUUGGGGUGGGGGGUGGGUGGGAGAGGCUCACCAACAGAGCUGGCUCAAUUGGUGGCAGUUCCUGAAAAGGCGACUCCUUUGAGAACCAGAUAUGGGGUUGGUAAGCACAGUUAUGAAAAUUUCUAUCUAGCCUCCGUUUUGAAAGGUUUUAAGAAAUUUUGUGUAUGGAGGAUAGAAAUGCUUAUAUAUUUAUUGAAAGUCCUUUUAUCUUAUUUGAAAUUAAAAUUAUUUGGUGAAUAAUGGUUUGAUAUUUGGGGAGGGUUUUGAAGGGGAGGUAAUGCCACUGAUAAAAGCCUUGUUGAUUCUGCAGAAGGGUACUGUUAGUGACUGAUAGGAUGCCUUUGUUUUGUACAUGAUUCAAAUCUUUGUUUUACAUUUCUUUUAUCCAAAAUAUUGAGGCAUCUGACAUUUUCAACCAAAAUUUCAACUAUAUAUACUGUGAUUUUUAUUUGUUGCAAUACAUUAAAAUUUCAGAGGUACUUGGGGGCUCAAAAUCUAGGAUUUCUAAGUCAGUAUGUGCAUUUCACAUAAUAAAGCUGUUAAUGGUGAGCAAAGUAUUAUAUACUAACUAGAUUUUUUCACAUCUGUAUAAUAUAUGUAUUUUGUGGUAUUGAGAUUAUAGAAAGUUUAGAGUGUCAAACAUGCGUUUAAUGUGUAUUUUUAAACAAAUUUAUGGCAAUUAAAAUAUUUGGAGACAGGGGUAUCACAUUUCAAUUUGUAAAGAUCUUUUUAACUCUACUGUGUCAUUAAGAUGCUUUGUAUAAUGCCAAACCAUAGCUGGAGAAACUAAGUUUAAUAAAUAUCAAAUAGAUUUUCUGUAUUAAAGUUUA